AUGGAAAAUGUUAAUGCGUUAUCUAUCAUCCUUGAUGUUCACGUUGGCAGCUGCUGCACUUACCCGUUCUUUGGAUUGAUCAGCCUAUCUUGUGUACAUCCAACAGAAAACGACCCAAAUGAUCCAUCACAGUCAAAUCGGUUCAAUGCAGUUAUUGAGAAAAUCGAGCGCCUUUACAUGGGCAAACAUAGUAGCGAUGAAGAAGAUUUGGGUGAUGUGCCUGAUGAUGAUCAGUAUGACACCGAAGAUUCUUUCAUUGAUGACGCUGAAUUGGAUGAGUACUUUGAAGUUGACAAUUUGAAAACCAAGCACACUGGAUUUUUUGUGAACAAAGGGAAAUUGGAACAAAGUGAGUAUGGCUCAGUACAAAAUGUUGUACCAGAUGGCACAGUACAAAAUGUUGUACCAAAGAAACGGAGAAGAAGAGACUCUUCAAAUUCUUACAUCGAAAAUAGCAAGGAGCUUGCACCAGGCAGCAUGCCUGUAAAAGCCCCUAAAAGAAAUGCUGAAAUAGGAAAAAACAUAGCAAGUAGCGACUUAAGUUCUUACAGCGAAUAUCACUCUGAAGGCAACAAACCGUUGACGAAUAAAAGUAAUUCCCCUGGAAGAAUGCAGAAAGGGAAUGCCAGUGAGAAUGCAACUGGUGCUGAGUACGCAUCACAUCCGAAGAUAUCAACAUACUUGGAGAAGGAUGCUGCAGUGCAACUUGAUCUCCAAUUGAAAAAAUCCUCUAAUGUGGCGAAGCCAGAUUUGCCAAAGAAAAUGCGCUCCAAAGAAAAAUAUGGUGUCAAUCAGUUUCCUGGCUUGACUACAACAGACAACGUAUAUUCGACACAAACAACGCACUUGGCUGCAAACAGGCGCAUAGAAGGUUCAGGUAUUAAGGCCAAGGGUACCAGACUCGAGCGAGCUAUUCGUGACCUUGAAAAUAUCGUUGGUGAAUACAAACCACAUACUCUUGAUGUUCCCUACAUUGAUCCAAAUUGUCAAGGAGCGGUGAAAAGAAGACUGCCUCAAGAAAUAAAACAAAAACUUGCUAAGGUCGCAAGGUUAUCGGCAAAUCAGGGUAAAAUCUCAGAAGAUGAAUUGAUCAAUCGCCUCAUGGGCAUAGUGGGGCACCUUGUGCAGCGUAGGACACUGAAGAGAAACAUGAAAGAAAUGGUCGAAUCGGGUAUGUGCGCUAAACAAGAGAAGGCUGACAAGUUCCAGCAAGUGAAAACUGAGAUCUAUGAAAUGGUCAAAGCACGUCUAGACACCAAGCCCAAGGUUACUGAACAAAGGGAUGAUUCAGCACAUGAUUUUCAAGGGGGUGUCAGUAUUGAUGAUAAAACAGCCUUAAAAGGCAAAUUUGUCCUGGAUGCUCCACUGGAGGACAGGAUCUGUGAUCUAUAUGAUCUUUAUGUUGAGGGUAUGGAUGAAGACAAGGGCCCUCAGAGUCGUAAGUUAUAUGUAGAGCUUGCUGACUUGUGGCCACAAGGUUACAUGGAUAAAGUUGAAAUUCGAAACGCCAUUUCAAGAUCGAAGGAGCGAAGAAAUUUAUUGUACCGGCAGCGCAAGGUUCGCAACGAGGAGAGAAUGAAGAGAAGGAUAGCUGCUGCCGCCAAGUCACGAGAUGGCAACCCAAUGGUGGCUCAGUACGCUACAGCACAGCAAGUUAUGCAACCGCCCGCGAAAGACGCUAGUCCAUCGAUGACAAGCACGCACACCUUGUAUCCUGUCGUUAACUAUGGACAUAGCCAGGUCUGCAGAAACGCUGGCAGAGUUGGUGAAGUGACGGUGGGUGCAGUAUCUGACGGCAACCGUAGUUCUUCUGCGGACAUCAAGAGGAGAAAACUAGGUUCUGACGCCGCCGUGGAUCUGCAACUGCAAGCUAACCCACUGAAGGCUCCCCCACGGUAUGUCAGCGAGAAGCAGAAGCCUGCGAAGCGUGCGGAUGAUGUAAAGGUCGGCAGUAGCAGUAGCCUUCCUCAGACGGUGCUUGCCGUUGCAGGCUAUGACCCCCAGCGGCCCGGCUACAGCUAACAAAAUCAUUUUGGUGGUGCUCCAUUGGGGAACAGAAGAAUAAAUCAUGGCCAAAGGUUGGCUUGUAACAAAGAUAGGUAGGUAGAUGUUCGAUGUGCUCGCUGCCAAUUGACUUCUGAGCAAAUUAUGUUUAAACUCUUAACGCGUCAUCUUGACUGAGAAGGGUAUUUUCUGGCCCAUUUGUAGUUUGGAAAGAUGAAUAAUUUACAUUGUUUAGUCUGUUUCGUUUGUCAUUGUUUCCGCUCGAUGUAAUCAUUCUGUUGUUGGUUCUCUCUCACCAACAUCUGCAUCUGAGCUCCAUUUUGAGUGCCGGAAUUUAUCA